CGGGUACGGGUACGGGUACGAGACGGCGGCGUCCCGCGGGCUGCCCGCGGCGCGGCUGAGAGCACAGAGCGCAGAGCUGCGGGAAUCAGAUCAUGAAGGUGAAGAUGGACAGGACUUUCAAGUAAUUGAAGAAGUUGAAAUGGUAUCAGUAUAUAUAUCUCAGUAUACAAGGUGCUGUUUUGGAAGAAUAGCCUCUGAUCAAGAUUAAAAAUUGCUGUUGGAAUAAUAUGCGAACAGAUCAUGAAGAACUCUGUGGCACCAGUUAUGGAUCUUUUUGUCUAAAUGGAGGAAUUUGUUAUAUGAUUCCUACUGUAUCCAGUCCAUUCUGCAGGUGUAUUGAGAACUACACAGGAGCCCGUUGUGAAGAAGUUCUGCUGCCCAGCAUCAAGUCUCAAACAAAAGGUGACCUGUUUGCCGUUCUCUUGGCUUCACUACUUCUGCUAGGAGUUCUUUUAACUGGAACAUUCUACUUCCUUUGCAGGAAAGCAUCCAUUCCCAGAACAAGUUCAUCAGAGUGUGGGGCCAACCUGGUUGAGACCACAAGCAGCAAUGUCUGCAACAAAAUAAUAACAGAGUAAAGCAUUAGCAUGGAAGAAUGGUGAGAAAACGACAUGCAGAGCAACCAUAAAAGUUGUAGUGGUUGAAAUGGUAAGGGGGUUAAGUAAAGAAAGUAGGCUGUAAGAAGAGGCCUACUUCUGUGUUAGAGAAAAUUGCAAUUAAUACAUAAACAGUUGCAUUUAGCAGAGUUUUAUGUAUUUUUAAGGGUGUAUCAAAUUAUACAGAAAUCACUAUAACCUAUGUUUGAAUUUUGUGAGAUACCAUUUUCAACGAUGAACAGAUAAAAGCAUGAUAUAAUUUUGUUUCUUAUUGCAUGAGAAUUAUGAAAUCUUUUUUCACUACAAAGAGAACAUGAGACAAUCAUAGGACUUUUUAGCACGAGGUAAUACCAUGAACUUUUGAUACGACUGUCCCAAAGGAGUUAAGGACUCUCUUCAUUCAGUAGCUUCAAAAUUUAUACUUGUCAGAUAUGUCACGGAUUUGGCUUGUUUCAGAAUACACUUACCAGAUGUAGGAGAAAAGAAGUACCUUUCUUCAGCUAAUACUGUUUGUUUUUAUUAAUAGUAAGAUAUGAGGGUGAGAUACCACUGCUAGUGUAUUGGUCAGCUUUCUGGCACAAGAUUUUAAUUCAAAUUAAACAAAAAUACUAAGAAAAGAGGUUGGUAAUGGUUAGUAGUAGUCUACUGGGUAGAGCAUUUACCCUUUGCUUGGUAUAUGUCCCUAAUAUUAAGCAAUGUACCUUUCUUGAUGGUUUUAUUUUUGUCUUGCCUUCUUCUAAAAUUCUCACUACUGAUCUAAGUCUUACCUUAAGUUUUCCAGUUGAUAUUUCAGACACUAGAAGUCAGGAAGUGUAUUCAUUGGGUCCAUUCCUGAAACAAUACAUUAUCCAGCCAGGUGUGUUGGCUGGACAAGCACUGCCCUCUCUAAGGAUCCCUUUGUUUUACUCACAUAACCAUUUGCUGAUCACACCAAUAUAUAUAUUGCUAUCUGGUUCCUUACAGGAUUCCCUUACUCUGGCAAAGAGAGGUCAAAUGACAUGGUCUUUCUCUCUUUCUGCCUUGAUGACACAAAGAGACCAGAUGGGUAGUCAGCGGCACAGAAAAUGGGAAUUGAAUAAUUUUAUUUUCAACUCAUUUCUAUCACUGGAGGUUGCAACUAGGAAAAAACACACCUAUUUCCAUAACGGCACAUUACCUAGCAGUUCACUCUAUGGCAUUUAUAAUGUUGUUUUGAAGAGAAAGUUUAUUGAGAAAAUUCCAGGAUUUCAAAGGGGAGAAAAUGCUGAAUGCAGAUUUCUCAUCUCUAAAAUAAAAAAACUGGAGGUGUAUAAAAAUGUAGGUGCAAAGAAAAAUUUGAACAAGCUUCAAUUCCUAGGGUGUCUACUGCAUGCUCUUGUGUCAGAAAAAAUACUGUGUAUUUUAUAUCAACGUAGACGAAAGCACAGCAAGACAGAGAAGAAAAGGCACAAUGCUACAGUGUAUAAGGUAAGAAGUCAAGGAGAAAACCGUAAUAUAAAAACUAUUAGAAAACAACACAGAAAAAUACAUUACUUUUUGAGGACUCAUUUCAGAGAAGUUGGAGCCCAAGUUAAAGCUCAGCAUCUACAGGGAAAAUCUGAAAGCAUCAAAGCAAGUAGAGGCCCGGAUCCAGAGAAGUUGCUUACUACGUUAUAUAAAUCACUGAAAGAUAAGUUUCUCCCCAAAUUAACUGAACUUAGAUGUUAUUUCUUGGACUUCAAACCCUUAGCAGAUACUCAUGAGGAAGCUGAUAAUGUUGUUUUAAAGGCUAGGAAAGAUGAAAGUGGUUUUUCAUCACAUAUGGACAUACCAGCGUUAAAUGCAGAGUUUAGAUGUGCAGCAAUACUGACAGCUACAUUAGAAUCCGUGUUACUUAAAAUACUUGGCAUAGCCUCAGUGGAAAUUAGUCACAGACAGCUGUUAAAUAAUUUCCAUGUGUUAUUGAUCAUGAGACAUUCAGACUUAGUAAACUUCAGCACGCUAUUUUCAUUGAAAGAAGAAAAGGCUUAUGGUCAUCUUAAAUGGAAAUUCAGGAAGGAAAUACUAACAGAAGAUGUGAAAAAUAAAUGGAUUCAAGUUGUACGCUAUAAUCUCUUACAACCCUCUCAGCUUUCCAGACAAGCAUGGAAUAGUUACUCAGUAUUACCAAUCAUGUUUCCAUUAUCCAGGAAACAAAUUACACAAAAAGUGAGAAUGAAUAAACCAAAACCAUGUUUAAAUGCAAACAAAUUGAUUUAUGAAACAACGUUAUCUUUGAAUGAAAUCCUAUUAGCGAUUCCGGUUCCUUCUAAUCCAUUGCAACUGAGAACAUUUCAGCUUCUAAAAUUACUUAUUUCAACUCACAAGCUUGGGGAAUUUGUCUUUCAGGUCAAAAGUAGAUUAGGCUACAAAUUCAUUUUCAGCUGGCCAAAUGCCACAGAAAGUGCAGGGUAGCCAACCUUACAUCCAAUUUAAUAAAAUUGUGCAACGCUUGCUUACAAAAUUAAGCAAGUAGUCCUGUGAGCAAGAAAGCUACAGGAACACUGGUUCCAAUGGAUCUGAUCUUGAGCCCGGAGUCAGUGGAACAUAAAAAGUGUUAGGUGUAUAGACGGGGAUGAGUCAGUCUCUUCUCUGCUUGACUCCAGUUUUCAUGAAACAUAAAAUCUCCUGUCUUUGACAUUACCCCUCCACCAGUUUAAAGGUUACAAGGGGAAGAGAAGGGGAAAAGACUAGUUUCCUAGGAGCCUACACUAAUACAAUUACACACCAAUUGAUUUGUUACAGCAAGAAGUCUCUUAUACUUGAGGAUCGUGUUUUCCUUCCUCAUAGUAAAGGGCUCUUCUUACUGUGUUAGUGAAUCCUUCUGAUCAUUUGCAGAACAAAAUGCCAACCACCACUAACAGGAAAUCUCUUUAGAGACCUAAGUAAGAGGCUGCUUAUAUGUUGUUCAGUCUCUCCUGCAUUUUUUCAAAUACCUGUUCAAGGAAAAUGAAGAUUUUUCUGUGCUGCAGUCUUUGGAUUUGUAUCAUUAAAUAUUAUGUUGUAAGACCAAUGGGCAAUACAUUUGGUAGCACUACCCAUUCUAACAGCACCUUCAAUAUUAUUCCACCUCUUCACAAUUUACUGCACAAAUAUAUAUAUAUAUAUUUUUUCCUCCUGGCCCUGCAUUUUGAAAGAACAGCAGAGAGGCUCUGACAGUAUGACUUAGUUAUUUCAAAAUGGACAGCAGGAAAUAAAUUGGGGAGAGAACUUGCCACAACAGACGUUCCAUCUGUGCCACUGCUUUCUGUUUUAAGUGUUGUGACUGUGGGAACUACCAACUGACCAGAAUCCAAGCAGAAAGGUAAAGCAGUGAUCAUAGCUAAUAAGCUAAAAUUUCCUGUUAUGUGUUCAGCAAAUUCUGUAUCGGGAGAUAUGUACCUAGAAGGGGCUGCCCAGGGAGAGAGAGCUUUUGUUCAAGGUGGUUAUGGAUGGAACAUGGGACAACCACCUCUUCUAUAUUAAAAGAUAAGCCCACACCCCUCAAUUAAGUUCCACUGGUAUUUGGCGUCCUUUCAGCUUUAAAUGAUACCAAGCUAUUUAAGAUAAAACUGACAGAACUGAGGAUUAGUUUGGGUAGAAGUUUUCACUUGUACUACGACCAUAUUCAAACCCGGGAAUAUUACUGAAGGCGUAUCUGUGUGAGUCGGGGUGGGGGGGAACUAGGUUAUGAUUCUCUGGCAAUGUUAUUUACAUUAGCAGGAUGCAAAUGUUCAUUGUAUCUCUCUCUCUAUGUAAUGUCCUCUGUUGACAUGUAUGCAUGUUAAUGAAGAGAUGGAACAUUACUGUAUUUCUGUUUAUACUGAAUAACCAGAAGAAUCUAGACAUAAAUUGUUGUGUUUUGUUUUGUUUUGUUUUUUUUAAAGAUAAGUGAAAAAGGUUCUUCGUUAAGCAAGUACUGCAGUAUUUUCUGCACUUCAGGGGAAAACAGACAAACAAAAACGUGUUUGCCUAAAGAUGUUAACAAAAUAAUCAUUGUUGUAUGUAAUAUUACUUGCUUGUGCUUAUUCCAA